AUGUCGAAAGAAAAGAGCGAUCUGGACCCCGAGGCCAUUGAACCCACGCCGGUAUCUGAUGACCAAGUAGUCGCAGGGAAGCCUAUUGCACAUGACGACGUCUUCGGUGAGAUCACUGAAAAUGGCCCUAAUUACCGAGAUGUUGGCUGGAUGGGAACAACGGCCCUCAUGAUGAAGACACAAAUCGGCCUUGGAGUUCUUUCCAUGCCUCAAAUAUUCGACUCCUUAGGCAUAAUGCCAGGAAUAAUAUUGCUGCUCGCCAUUGCUGUCAUCACUACUUGGGCCGAUUGGAUGGUCGGGGUCUUCAAAUUGCGCCACCCACAUGUCUAUGGAGUCGAUGAUGUUGGCCGACUCCUGUUUGGACGGGUGGGCUAUGAAGUUUUCGGUGCUUCAUUUUGUCUUUUGUACACGUUUGUGUCGGGCUCGGCCAUACUGAGCAUAUCGAUUGCUCUGAAUGCUCUUUCCACUCAUGCUGUCUGUACAGCUGUUUUUGUCGCCAUUGCAGCGGUCGUCGGGUUCAUGUUCUCGAGCAUUCAAACCCUGGGCCGUAUAAGCUGGCUGGCAUGGGUGGGAGCACUUUGCAUUAUUAUUUCAGUCUUCGUAGUCACCAUUGCAGUGGGAAUUCAGGGCCACCCUCCAGUUACAUCCGAAACCGCAGGAAUGAUAGUCAAGUCUGACUAUAAAAUAAUUGCCAAUCCAACCUUCACCAAAGCUAUUUCAGCGGUUUCUACCCUCGUAUUUACCUAUUCAGGUACACCGGCCUUUUUCAGUAUUGUUGCCGAGAUGCGAGAGCCGCGCCUCUAUACUAGAUCCCUUUUAGUUUGCCAGUUCACCGUGACCACCGUGUACAUAGUGAUCGGAGUGGUGGUUUACUACUAUUGUGGGUCGUAUGUUGCCUCUCCUGCCCUCGGUUCGGCUGGUGCAACUGUCAAGAAGGUGUCUUAUGGGAUCGCCCUCCCGGGGCUGAUUGUCUCUGCUGUUCUUUUCCUCCACCUCUCGGCCAAGCACAUAUUUGUCCGCAUCUUGCGAGGCUCAAGACAUCUGUCUUCACACACUCCAAUCCACUGGGUUACCUGGCUAGGAUCUACCUUCACGGUGACUUUGUGUGCCUAUCUUAUUGCCAGUGGAGUUCCUGUUUUCAGUAGCCUUGUUUCUCUCAUCGGAGCUUUGCUUGGUACGCUCCUGACAUUCCAAUCCACGGGCUGCAUGUGGCUGUACGACAACUGGAAGCGGAGCGUCGAGGAGCGUUCUUUCACGUGGAAAGUUGGUGUCGCCUGGAGCAUUUUUAUCGUUCUUGCCGGUACCUUUUUAUUAAUUGCUGGAACGUACGGAUCGAUAGUCGACAUUAUGGACUCGUACAAAGAGUCGGGCGGCUCAGCAGCCUGGUCAUGCGCGGACAAUUCUGGGUCUUGA